AUGGCCUCCGUCGCCGCCGCGGGAGCCCCCGCACCUCUCCCUACCCUGCAACUCAUUGACGCCAGCUCCCCGCCGUCCUUCGCCAAGCCCGUCAAACGCAUCAACGAGGGCCCCGACGUCGAGCGCUUCCUCACCUCCCUCGCGUACCGAGACAUCGGUGUCUUCAUCCUCCAGCUCAACCGCGCCCUCUGCCCGCGCCUACCCUCAGACCUUGCCGUCCCCGCGCCGCCGCCGCCGCCGCCGCCGCCGCCGCCGCCGUCUUCUACAACCUCACCCUCGCCAGCCACCAGCACCACCGCCACCACCUCCCGUCGGGCUACCAUAUUCCCCCUGAAAGCCGGCUCCUCUACCUCCGUGCCCUCCAUUCAGGCCCUCCAGAAGCUUCUCUCCGAAGUAGAAGGCCUCGUCGAGCAGGCGCCGCCCGACCCCGGUCCGCGCAGGUUCGGCAAUGUCAGCUUCCGCACGUGGCACGCCCUCGUCGAGGACAAGCUCGAUGGUCUGCUGCGCGCGGGCCUGCUCGGCGAGGCCCUCGACCUGGGCGCCGGCGCGGCCAGGGACGAGGUUGGGAGCUACCUCCUCGGCGCGUUUGGCAGCCCGCAGCGGCUCGACUACGGCACCGGCCAUGAGCUCAGCUUCGUGGCCUUCAUAGGCUGUCUUUGGAAGCUGGGCUUCUUCAAGGACGGGUCAGACGUGGAUGGGAGCAUCGAGCGCGAGAUUGUGCUCAACGUCUUCGAGCCGUAUCUCCGUGUCGUGCGCAAGCUCAUCCUCACAUACAACCUCGAGCCCGCCGGCUCCCACGGCGUCUGGGGCCUCGACGACCACUCCUUCGUCCCCUACAUCUUCGGCUCCGCGCAGCUCACGCGCCCCAUCCACGCCUCCUCCACGGACCCCAUGCCGCUCGAGGGCUCGGUCCCCGGCGCCCCCAAGCCCAGCGCCGUCACCAACCGCGCCGUCGUCGACGACCAGCGCCACUCCAACAUGUACUUCUCCGCCAUCGGCUUCAUCAACGACGUCAAGACGGGCCCCUUUUGGGAGCACUCCCCCAUCCUCUUCGACAUCUCGGGCAUCCGCGACGGCUGGGGCAAGAUCAACAAGGGCAUGAUCAAGAUGUUCAACGCGGAGGUCCUCUCCAAGUUCCCCGUCGUCCAGCACUUCCCUUUCGGCUCCCUCUUCUCCUGGGACGUCGACCCGCACGCGUCGGCGCCGCAGCAGAGCGUGCACAUGGCCAAUCAGCCCAUCGCAGCCGCGGGAUCUGCGCAGGCCCCGAUGCCACCUCCUCCUUCUGGGGCCGGCACUGCCGCGCCAUGGGCCCAGGCAACCAGGAUGCCCCCUGCCUCGGGUUCGGGGAUCCCAUAUACAAGAGCGAACCCUCCCGGCCCCAGGAGCGGUACGUUGGGGAUGAGACCACCCCCGGGCAGGGCAUCCGAUUCCGGCUCGACGGCCGCGCAAAUCACGGUUACAAAGGCUCCGUGGGCAAGAGAUGCCUGA